UAAAGACCAGAGGACCCUUCGUUAAGCUCUUCUUUCUUCAACUUUUCCUCUCAUUUCACCACUUACAGUUCAGUUUUUGUUUAGAGAGAGAGAGAGGGAAAACAAAAACAAAACUCAAAACCUCCAGAAAAAAAACCAUCCCAACUGAUGAAGGAGAGAGUGGGCUCUCUUGGGGGAGAGAGCCUGCCUUUGAACAACACCACAAACUCAAACACUGAAGAAGAUCAAGAGCCCUUACCAAACCACCAUCUUUUUCUGUUUUAGGCACAAAACUCCAUCUGGGUUUGUCUUGUUUUUGCCUCUUUUGAGUGAAAAAUUGUUCCUUUUUUGAGUUUUGUGUAUGGCACUUUCUAUGCACCAUCACCAUCACCACAACAACAGUAAUAAUAGCAAGGAGUUGUUGGCAAACAAGCAUCAGCAACAGAUGGAUUCAAGUAAAUAUGUGAGAUAUACACCUGAGCAAGUUGAGGCUUUAGAGAGGGUGUACUCGGAAUGCCCCAAGCCUAGCUCUUUGAGAAGGCAACAGCUCAUUAGGGAGUGUCCUAUUCUUUCUAAUAUUGAACCUAAGCAGAUCAAAGUCUGGUUUCAAAACCGCAGAUGUCGAGAAAAGCAGAGAAAGGAAGCUUCCCGACUUCAGACAGUGAACAGAAAGCUGAGUGCCAUGAACAAGCUGUUGAUGGAAGAGAAUGACCGUCUGCAGAAGCAGGUGUCGCAUUUGGUUUACGAGAAUGGCUACAUGCGACAACAACUACAUAGUGCAUCUGCGACCACAGACAAUAGCUGUGAGUCUGUGGUCAUGAGUGGUCAGCACCAACAACAGCAAAACCCAACACCUCAGCAUCCUGAGAGGGAUGCUAAUAACCCAGCUGGUCUUCUUGCAAUAGCACAGGAGACCCUGGCAGAGUUCCUUCCCAAGGCUACUGGAACUGCUGUCGACUGGGUCCAGAUGAUUGGGAUGAAGCCUGGUCCGGAUUCUAUUGGAAUCGUAGCUGUUUCCCGCAAUUGUAGUGGAGUAGCAGCACGAGCUUGCGGUCUCGUGAGUUUAGAUCCCACGAAGGUCGCUGAAAUACUUAAAGAUCGUACAUCUUGGUUUCGUGAUUGCCGAUGCCUUGAAGUGUUGAGUGUAAUUCCUACAGGAAAUGGAGGGACGAUAGAGCUCAUAUACAUGCAGACUUAUGCACCAACUACAUUGGCAGCAGCACGAGACUUUUGGACACUGAGAUAUACAACAAGUUUGGAAGAUGGCAGUCUUGUGGUAUGUGAAAGGUCAUUGACAUCUUCCACAGGUGGCCCUACAGGGCCUCCUGCAUCAAGUUUUGUUAGAGGCGAAGUGCUUCCAAGUGGCUUUGUAAUCCGUCCUUGUGAGGGUGGUGGCUCCAUUAUUCACAUUGUCGAUCAUGUUGAUUUGGAUGCUUGGAGCGUUCCUGAAGUUCUCAGGCCACUUUAUGAAUCAUCUAAAAUCCUUGCUCAGAAAAUGACCAUGGCUGCCUUGCGUCACAUCCGACAGAUUGCUCAAGAGACUAGUGGGGAAAUUCAGUAUGGUGGAGGUCGCCAGCCAGCCGUGCUAAGAACUUUUAGCCAGAGACUUUGCAGGGGUUUCAAUGAUGCAAUUAAUGGAUUUUCUGAUGAUGGAUGGUCGCUUAUGAAUAGUGACGGUGUGGAGGAUGUGACUAUUGCCAUCAACUCAUCUCCAAACAAAUUUCUUGCAUCUCAAUAUAAUUCAUCUGUGUUUCCAACUUUUGGAGGUGUGCUUUGUGCCAAGGCAUCAAUGCUGCUGCAGAACGUUCCCCCCGCUUUGCUUGUUCGUUUUCUGAGAGAGCACCGCUCAGAGUGGGCUGACUAUGGUGUUGAUGCAUACUCUGCUGCAUGCCUUAAAGCUAGUCCUUAUGCAGUUCCUUGUGCUAGGCCUGGUGGCUUCCCUAGUAGCCAGGUCAUUUUACCUCUGGCCCAUACUGUGGAGCAUGAGGAGUUCUUGGAGGUUGUUCGGCUAGAGGGUCAUGCGUUCUCACCUGAAGAUGUAGCUUUGGCAAGGGAUAUGUACUUGUUACAGCUUUGCAGCGGGGUUGAUGAAAAUGCAGUUAGUGGCUGUGCUCAGCUUGUCUUUGCACCUAUUGAUGAAUCUUUUGCUGAUGAUGCUCCUUUGUUACCAUCUGGUUUCCGUGUCAUACCAUUAGAUUCUAAAACAGCUACGGAUGGACCUGCCGCAACUCGAACCUUGGAUCUGGCCUCUGCACUUGAGAUUGGAUCUGGUGGUAACCGUCCUGCUGGUGAAGCUGAACUUAACAAUUACACCUCUAGGUCGGUCCUGACAAUUGCAUUUCAAUUCACUUUUGAGAAUCACCUGCGAGACAACGUGGCUGCUAUGGCCCGCCAGUAUGUCCGUAGCGUUGUGGGAUCUGUCCAGAGGGUUGCCAUGGCCAUUGCACCCUCCAGGCUCAGCUCGCAUGUAGGGCCAAAACCACUUCCUGGUUCUCCUGAGGCUCUUACCUUGGCUCGAUGGAUAUGCCGAAGUUACAGGAUUCACACUGGGGGAGAGUUUCUUCGAGUCGACACCCAAGCUGGUGAUGCUUUGUUGAAGCAACUUUGGCACCACUCAGAUGCAAUAAUGUGCUGCUCCUUGAAAACAAAUGCAUCUCCUGUUUUUACCUUUGCAAACCAGGCUGGGCUUGACAUGCUCGAAACUACCCUUGUGGCCCUUCAGGACAUAAUGCUCGAUAAGAUUCUUGAUGAAGCUGGGAGAAAAGUUCUCUGCUCAGAGUUUGCUAAGAUCAUGCAGCAGGGAUUUGCAUAUCUACCAGCAGGAAUAUGUGUAUCGAGCAUGGGCAGGCCGGUGUCAUAUGAGCAGGUGGUUGCAUGGAAAGUUCUCAACGAUGAAGAUGCCAGUCACUGCUUGGCCUUUAUGUUCAUAAACUGGUCUUUUGUGUGAUGAAGAAGAAAAAUGAAUAUCUGAAAGACAUAAUUUAGGUAUCUAUCUAUUAAGUUAUUAUUAUGUAUUUGCUCCUAGAAGAAGCAUAUUUUACUAUUUAUAUUAUGAUACAUGAAUGCAGUCACUGCAGGAUUUCAUAUGAAUGUAUGGCUACAUGUCUCAUGUUUGCAACCUAAUCUUAUUAUUGUGUUUUGGUUUA